UGGAGUCUUCUCUCACGAGGCUUCGGAACAGUCUGUCAACGAACGAAUGUGCCAGCAACCCUUGCCGGAACGGCGGAACCUGUGAAGACAAGUAUAACGGCUUCGUGUGCCGCUGUCCGUCUAACUGGCAGGGUACUUUUUGUGAUGUUGACGUCAACGAAUGUGCAAAUUUUGCUGGAACGGACCUGGGGUGUCAAAAUGGAGCUACCUGCAUUAACAAACCAGGCACAUAUGAGUGCCACUGCGCACAGGGCUUUUUCGGCUUGCACUGCACCCAGAGGAGUAACGACUGUGGGACGGCAUCUGCGUCCGAGCUGUGCGGACACGGCCACUGCCAGCCCCGAGUGGGUGGCGGCUACGACUGCCUCUGCUACCAGGGCUGGACUAAAGGGAAUGGAAUUUCAUGCACUCAAGACGUGGAUGAGUGUUCAAGUAGUAGCCCAGCAUGUUCCAGGGAUCCACCUGUACCAUGCAUUAAUGUGCCUGGGUCAUUUCAUUGCGGAUCUUGCCCAACAGGCUACACUGGAAAUGGGUUUUAUUGUCUGGACGUUAAUGAAUGUGAGCAAAAUAAUGGAGGAUGCAGUCUCCAACCCUAUGUGCAAUGUAUCAACACAAAGGGUUCUCGACGUUGUGGUGAAUGUCCAGCUGGCUACCAGGGAGAUGGUAUAACAUGCACUCGAGUUGGCAUCUGCAACAUCAACAAUGGAGGCUGCCAUGUACUUGCACGCUGUGUGGAGAACUCUGCUAUUGGCCAAAGUUACGCUCAGUGUUUGUGUCCAUCUGGUUACGUGGGUGAUGGGAUAGGCCCUAACGGAUGCACACCAAUGCAUUCAGAUGGUGGGCCAAACCCCUGUGCCAACAAUCCAUGUG